ACAUUUUAGGUAUCACUGUUUUAAUUGUAAUGAAAACUUUCUAAUUGUUUUCGCGAAUUAUUUAACUAUAAGUAAAAGUGAUAAUUAAUAUAAUUAUUUAUUUGAAUUUGCGAUUACUGUUAUUACUGAUUACGUUGAAGGAUCAAAGGUAAUUCGCAGGAGGCAGUUACAAUAAGAUCUUAUUUUAAACGGUUCAGAAAUAUAGUUUGAACUUUGUGCCUUCUAAAUUUAUUUAUUUAUUGUCCAAAGAUUUUCGGCAUGUUAAAAUUCCGUUAUUAAAAUUUUAAAAUAACAACAAUAGUAUCCAUUAUUUCAACGUUUCGUUAUUUUUUUCGUUACUUGUGUGUACUUACCUAUUAAGCUACAUUGAUUGAGUGAUGACAACAUGAAAGGAGAGAAUGCCAGAAAAAUUCUUAAACAAAAUGGUUUAUGCUUCACGAUUUCUUAAGAUCCACAUAUACAUACCUAUAGUGAAUGCUUCUUUUGAAGACCAGAAGAGGUUUCAAAACAACUUCAGAUCGCAGAAUUGGUUGAAAGCAGUAAUCGAAAAGUUCCAGAAGAGGUGUUUAUGUUUCCUAUGGGUCCACAUAUGUAUACAGCGACUGCUUCUCUUGGUGCACGAGUGUCGCCGUACUCUGAGAGGAAACAACAACGGGGUAACGGAAAAAUUCAAGCAUUUCCCACUUCAAUACAUAUCGGGGCUGCACAUAGAGCCGUCGCAAAAGUACGCGAAAAGAUUUAUUAUUGUCUCUGAGAACUCGUGAUAUUGUAACUGACAUUGUGCGAUAGAAUAGACAAUAGUGGAGUGCGCGAGUGUAGAACCCAUGGAACUGGACACUUACAAC